UGGCAAUGCACGCUGGUACUGUCAGCAUGAUGUUGUACGGCAUCUCUGUGGUGCUGGGUGUGUCUAACGUGUCGGAGGAGCAGGGCCUGAGCCAGGGCCCGGGCCAGUGCCCCCUGGGCUACUUCCCCUGUGGCAACCUGACCCUGUGCCUUCCCCAGCUGCUGCACUGCAACGGGGUGGACGACUGCGGAAACCAGGCGGACGAAGAGAACUGUGGAGACAACAAUGGCUGGCCUCACUUAUUUGACAAGUACUUUGGGAUGCCAAACAGUGAUGCCAGGACCAAGUCUAAUGCUUGCUUGCUGGGGAUUGUUCCAGACCUGUGCCUCUGCAGAGACCUGGAGCUGGACUGUGACAGGGCCAACUUUAAAGACGUGCCUGUUGUUUCUGUCAACGUCACCAUGAUGUCAUUGCAGCGGAACCGUCUCCGGAAAUUGAAUGCGGACAUGUUCUUCAAAUACCGGAGCCUGCAGAAGCUGUAUCUCCAACACAACCUGAUCCGAAAUGUGAACCCCAAUGCCUUCCGAGGCCUCUACAAUCUCACCCGACUUUAUUUGAGCUACAACAAGAUUUCUGUUUUGGCUGCGGGAGUGUUCCAGGACCUUCACAAUCUGGAGUGGCUUAUUCUGGAGAACAACCGAAUUCAGCACAUCACCUCCAGCACCUUCCUGGGUCUCCACUCUCUGGUGCUGCUGGUCUUGUUGAAUAAUAACCUGUCACGGCUGGAUGACAUCUGCCUGGAGAUGCCAAGACUCAACUGGCUAGAUCUGGAGGGGAACCAAAUUGAGCGAGUGGAGAACGUCACCUUCCGCUCCUGCAGCAUGCUCACUGUGCUAGUACUGCAGAGGAACAGAAUCAACCAUCUUCAUGACAAGGCUUUCUCCCCUCUUCACAAACUGGGCGAGCUAGAUCUGUCCAAUAACCGCAUCGCUGCCUUCCCUCCCCAUCUCUUUGUGCACCUGCUUGACCUGCUUCAGCUAAACAUCUCCUACAAUCCCAUCCUUGACCUGGAGGUGGAUCACUUCGACAACCUGUAUAAACUGAAAUCACUGGUCAUUGAUGGGAUAGAGAUUGGGAACAUCCAGAGACGCAUGUUCGAGCCUCUCAGGAAUCUCACACACAUAUAUUUCAAGAAGUUCCAGUACUGUGGAUAUGCGCCGCACGUGCGGAGCUGCAAGCCCAACACGGAUGGCAUCUCGUCGCUCGAGGACCUACUGGCCAACAUCGUGCUGCGCGUGUUUGUGUGGGUUGUCUCGGCAACCACCUGCUUUGGCAACGUCUUCGUGAUCUGCAUGCGCUCCUACAUACGCUCCGAGAACAAACUGCACGCCAUGUGCAUCAUCUCACUCUGCUGUGCUGAUGGCCUGAUGGGUGUGUACCUGUUCAUGAUUGGCACCUAUGACCUGAAGUUCCGUGGCGAGUAUAACCGGCACGCCCAGGCCUGGAUGGACAGCUCAGCCUGCCAAGUGGUGGGCUCUCUGGCCAUGCUCUCCACAGAGGUGAGUGUGCUGCUGCUGACCUACCUGACACUGGAGAAGUACAUCUGCAUCGUCUACCCGUUCCGCUACCUGACGCCGGGCCGUCGCCGCACCGUCACCAUCCUGGUGGCCAUCUGGGUGCUCGGCUUCGUCAUCGCCUUCCUGCCACUCGUCUGCAAGGGAGUGUUCCGGAACUUUUACGGCACCAACGGCGUGUGCUUCCCGCUACACUCGGAGCAGCCGGAGACAGAAGGGGCGCAGAUCUACUCCAUUGUCAUCUUCCUGGGCCUGAACCUGGCGGCCUUCCUCGUCAUCGUGCUGUCCUAUGGCAGCAUGUUCUACAACAUCCAGCGCACCGGCACACAGACCACCAAGUACAGCAACCACAUCAAGAAGGAGCUAACCAUCGCCAAGCGCUUCUUCUCCAUCGUCAUCACAGACUCCCUCUGCUGGAUCCCCAUCUUCAUCCUCAAGAUCCUCUCCCUCAUGCAGGUCGAGAUACCAGGCUCCAUCAGUUCGUGGGUGGUCAUCUUCAUCCUGCCGAUCAACAGUGCCCUGAACCCCAUCCUGUACACGCUGACCACGCGGCCCUUCAAGGAGACGCUGCUGCAGGUGUGGGCCAACUACCGCCAGCGCCGCCCGCUGCUGGCCCCGCGCCCGCAUCACCAGCGCUCCUUCACCUGGCUGGAGAUCGUGCCCCUGCAGGAGGGCAACCACGCUCCCGCCACCAACACCCCCAACGCCAACAACACCAGCACCACCACCACCACAGUCAUGCUCACCUCGCCCUCCCCUCCGUCCAAGCCUGACUUCCUGUCCCACCACCCCCUCCACUCUUCCUGCAGCGUGGCCCCUGCCCCCAAUCCCACCACGCCGCAGAACGCGGGUCACCAUGUCAUGCGAGCCAAUGAGACAUGAGGAUCGCCCACCUCCCUCCCACACACACACCACCUCCAGCCAAUGAGAUGUGAGACUGCUAGUACGUACAGUAUCUCUCCAGGCCACCCACCACAAAUACCAAUGAGACUUUAUGUACUAUUAAAACUCCUCAGCGCGCCCCAUACAGCAAGGGCCCAUCAGACAUUAGAGGCCACAUUGCCAUCUUCUGCCCCCUGGUGGUCAAUGGCACAUAAGGGCAUCAGGGCCUUGUCACAGCUGUCCUACCUAAGUCAUGCCAUUAUAAGUGUGACAACAGUGCCCCUAGUGGCCAGUCCAGUUGCGUACAUGUUUGCACAGUUUACAGAGUACCUUCAUUUGCCAUAAUGUAUAUGUGUGUGUGCGUGUAUGUGUGCAUAUUGAU